AUGUCAAAAGACUACUACGAGUACGAAGAGUACUCUCGUCGCCGACGUGACCUUUCUCCCGACAACUAUUCCGGUGGUGCCCCAGGAUCUCAGCAACAAGGCCCUCCUCCUCCUCCUCCCCCUCCUGGCGCUCCUCCUUAUGCCUCAACCUCCCGUCUUGAUGAUCCUUACUACGGCGGCAUGCCUCCUCCUCCGCGGGAGCGCAUGACCCUCGAGCCUCCCGAGUCACAGAACCGCCCACGGUCUGUCCCACCAAACACCACCAUGGUCCGACGCAGCCGCUCUCGUUCCCGUCCUCCAUCGGACGACGACGACUAUGACGACAGACAGAGCUCGCGAAACCGCUCACAGAGUCCCAUUGCCCGCGCUCGGAACGUCGUUGAUGAGAACUUCUCUCAUUCCGCCGGCGGCAUCGGCGCCGGUAUCUUAGGAGCUGUCGUUGGUGGUCUUGUAGCUCGCGAGGCGACUGAAGCUGCAACACGCCGCAAGCACAAGACUCGAGGUUACGAAGACGAGAAUGAGGACCGCACUCGUCUCGUUUCCACCAUUCUCGGCGCUGUCGCCGGUGGCCUAGGAGCCAAUGCUCUCGCCAAUAGGGUUGAAGAUUCUAGGGAGCGAGACCGACGACGCCAACUCGACUGGGAGCGUGAGCGCAGCUACGUGCGCGAGCAGGAGAUGCCCCGUUAUGAGCAACGGAGAUCCAGUGACCGUGACAGAGAGGACGACCGCCGCGAUCGUGACCGUGACCGGUAUGAUCGCGGCAGGGCACUACCCCAAAAUGAUGAUGAUGAUUAUGACUUCGUCUACGAUGAUCCGCGAUACGAAGAUCGAGAACCUAGGCGACGUAGAAGCGAGGACAACUACCGCUAUCGCCAAUAG